UAAAAAUUAAAAAAACCAAAAUUGUCUAUGCAUCAUCAUCAGAAACUUCGCGUGUGUGAUUCUCUGAAAUUAUUUAUAUUUCAGUUUAAUUAUAGAUUACCUUUUAUUUAGACAUCCGAAAGUUAGCGUAGACGGUGUUUACGUAAAGCUGACGCGCAUUCGGCACGAUAUGAAUACGGAAACAUGUGUUUUGAUGUGAACAUUUAAUGGUGAUCAUUGAUGACACUUACAAGAAUACAUGUCAACAAAUUAUAAUUUUAUUGGAAUAAUAUCCUGAGGUUCGUGUUUUUGGAUAACAUAAGCUCAGUUUCUGAGUUGUAUGUAUGGAAAGUGCGGUGUUAUAGUGAGAAAGUGUGGGUUGAUAUUCUGAACUUUGCCAUUUCCGGCAGUGAUGCAGAGGUUGCGGUGAGCUGAUAUAUUAAGCGUCUAACAUCUUCGUUCCCGGCAUGGCAGACCCAGGAACUGGGGUCUCUUUUGACCCAAAUGAUAUGGCCAGUUGGUAUUUCCGUGACAUGUCCCGAGCUGAGGCGUCCAAAUUGCUGCUCAGCGAAGUGGAGAGCGGUGUGUUCCUCGUGAGAGACUCCAAGACAAUACAGGGCGAUUAUGUGCUGUGUGUCAGAGAGGACGGCCGCGUGUCCCACUACAUAAUCAACCGGAUCACGUCCAACGACGGCGUGACCCGGUACCGGAUCGGGAACCAGGUGUUCGCGGACAUGCCGGCGCUGCUGUCGUUCUACCGGCACCACUACCUGGACACGACGCCGCUGGUGCGACCGCUGCCGCAGGCGCCGGCUCGCGCUGCCGCUCCACCGUCGCACUCUUUCCAAGUGCUCGAGCUCGUCAUAGCCAAAUUCGACUUUGAUGGCAACGACCCGGACGAUCUGCCGUUCCGCCGCGGCGAGCGUCUGAUGGUGAUCAACCGAGAUGAGGACCAGUGGUGGACGGCGCGCAACAGCCAGGGCCGCACCGGCUCCAUACCAGUACCCUACGUACAGAGGCUGCUGGACGCGUCCGGGGUGCCGUUCCCGCCUUCUGAAGCCAAGAGUCAGCUCGGCGACCCGCCCAGCCCACCCAACAACAAGCAACACACCAAUAUGCAGAGGACGCUGCCGGCGCUUGCGCGGGUGAGGCAGACCCGUGUGCCCAACGCGUACGACAAGACCGCGCUCAAACUCGAGGAGGGGGACAUCGUCAAGGUGAUAAAGAUGAAUAUGAAUGGCCAGUGGGAGGGGGAACUGAACGGGAAAUUCGGCCACUUCCCAUUCACAUACGUCGAGUUCAUAGACGACACUGUGACCAGUUAAACCGGGGGUAACUGUCCAUAAUACCUGGACAAGUACGUUAUAAUCAAUUUACAGUUAUCUAUACUCAGACCAACUGCAGAAUUAUGGGUGAACAAUUAUUUGUAUAAAUAUUGUCUAUAGACAAGGGCCAAAUGGAAUUAUUUUCACGUUGUAGAUAAUUGUUAAGCCACCAUAACGGCAAACGACAAACGCCUCUGACUAUCCCAUUAUGGAUUAUAGUCUUGAAUAAUUUAUAUAUAUUUUUUUUAAAUAAUUCAUAUUCUAUUUUUUUUAAUAGAAGAAUAUUUGAGGGCAUACAGAAGAUCGCAGACUGAGUAACUAUUUUAAUUUUUGUUCUUUGAAACUCUCUUCGAAUUUGUCAAUCACUACACGCAGUGCGGUUCGCAAUGCAUUUCUAAAUUGUAUAUUUUUCAGCCGUACCAAAGUAAAACGAUCUAUUCGUCAUUACAGUUAUCAGGCCACCGAUAUAAAAUGAUACUUUUGACGUGCCAUCUCUUUCUUGUGCAUGCGGUAGCGUAAACGUUUAGAAAUUAAAUCCUUUGUCUCUUGUCUAGACUGCAUUUAUCAAUAGUUCUUGUAUGUUUUUAAACAACUACAAAAAAGAACUGAAUUCGCCUUUUUUAUAUGUGUAUAUUAUACAUACAUUACCUUCGAUGUUUUUAAACUAAUAUUUAUUUUAAUUAAAAGGUUUUAGUUUACUUUGUAAGUUAGAAAACUUUAGGGACAAUUUAUAAAAAGGUAAAUGCAAUUUCCUUCUCAGAACGAGAAUUUUGUACUAAAAUUCCUGUGUAAAUAUUUAUUUUCUUGAACCUUAAACGACGUGAAUCAUUCCGUUAUAUAAAAUAUCCCUAUUAUGUUAAAAAAAAAUAGUGAGUUUUAACUUACAAAGUAAACAUUCGAAACCUUUCAAACAUCUGACGCUAAAACAAACCGUUAUGUGAAAAAGAUAGAUAAAUUAUUACUAUUAUUAUCAACUAAGUAUACUCACUGAACCCAACAAAUGAGAAUAUGAAACUCGUGAGUGGCGUUUGUCAUCUGAACAAUUUUGUCACUAAUGUCAGUUCCAUCAGGACAUAGACACUCUUUAUUAUUUUCUCCAUAAGAUUACAAUAGUAAACUUAUUAUUGAUACAAACAA